CGCUGUUGACCAGGCUGCUCGGCGGCUGCGUGGAUUUUGUCGAUCGUUUAGAUUUGCACGUCACAAGGCGCAGGUUUACCUUGUUUGUUUUUGUUUUGUUUGUUUUUUUGUUUGUUUGUCUUCCAUCUGACGUACUUUGAAUCCUGUCAGCUCAAUUCCCGCGUUAAGAUUUAGCGGCGUUUUGCUAUCACACUUUUUUGGUUUCACACAUAAGACUAUGCCAUAAGUUGACCUGCCAGAACGUGAUGCUUAUUUUUCAUGCAGGUUUUACUUGUUGGAACUCAAACAUAAGUUGGGGGCAAUGUCGUUGGAGCUGCCCAUGCCACCUCCUCCUCCACCUCCGCCUCCAGGACUACCCCUUCCUGCAGUUUCGGGGUCCAAGAAGAAACUUUACCAGGCCAUAGCUGCAGGAAAGAGUGCUAUUGAGGGACACCAUGCAGAAGCCCGCCUGUUGCUGAGUCGGAGGGAGAGCUGUUUUAGAAAGGAUCUGCAAUGGAUAUUGUUCAACAAAUAUGUGCCUUCUCUCAUCCAAGAUGGUCCACAGUGUGGUCUGGUGGCUCUGUGGAUGGCUGCUCACCUAAAACAGCCAGAGCUGAGUAUUAACAUGGAGACAAUUGUCCAGACAGCUUUGUCCAGGGGCUACACGGUUCAGGGUGAAAUGUUUUCCGCACAUAACAUGGCCUUGCUAGCAGAGGAGGUGUGUGCUUGCAAGGCACAGCUCCUGAUGGGGGGCAUGAGCGGUGACAACGCUGCAACCAUCAUUGCGCAUAUUUGUGAUGGACAGCCUAUUCUCAUCCCAUAUGAUGAGGACUUCAACCAUGAGCCAUGCCAGCGCAGUGGCCACAGGGCCCAUUGGGCAGCAGUUUCAGGUGUUCUCUUGGGUCUCAACCAAGAAAGCCUGAGUAAAGAGCAUAUCCAGUUUGAUCUCACCCUACCCUGGCUUUACUUGCCCAAGGACACAAGUCCUCCGUUCCGCUUUCCCACCUCAAGUAUCAGAGAAGCUUACGUCUUGGCCAAACAAGGCAAGAGCCUUCGCUACCAGCUGUGGUGUCUUGACAGCGUAGCUCAGAGCAAUGACCAACUGCGGGAGAUGGACCCCCAUAGGGCCGGUGAUGGGACCCAGUAUGUGGUUCCUCAAGGAGGGGUAGAGGCUGGGCUUGCAGGUCAGGUGGUGCUGCUCCACACGAAGACACACAUAUCGUAGUCACACACUUCUGUUCAACAGGGCCCAGCUGUGCGACUCAUAAAGAAAGUGAUGUGCAGUGCAGUAUUUUGAGAUGAAGGGACUUCUACACUGAAGCAGCAGUCAGAAUGCACGCUUUCUGCACUGUGAUUGAUAAACCUUAUAGAAAUUAAGGGGUUCAAUCUGAGUACCGUGUGCCUCAUCCAUGACUGAAUGAAUGUUUACGUCUUGUUCCCACUUGUAUCAAAAGUGAGAAGCCAUUUUCUGUCUCUGAAGUGUUUGACUGUAUUGCAUGUGUCGAUUUUAAAGGGAUUGUCCAGUUUGUGGGGUUUUUACUAUAUGUCCUACUUACGGAGUUGGACAAGCUCGUGGAAACUUUCUUUACAUCUGUGCAUGUAGUUUGAAGUCACGUGUGCCUAUUCUAGUUUAGCUCAGUUGCUGGAUGUCUACCAGGAUUAUAAGCGGGAUUAUAAGCGUGUCCUUUCAAAAGAAGGGAAACGCACCUUCUCCCAAGCAGACUAUGAAUGAACGAUUUUUUUACUCCUUAGUGUGGCGUCAACCAUUUUUCUCAACCCAAGUUCUCACAAGUACAUGCAGAAUCUUAAAAAAACCUGAUAGUUUUGAACCAUUUUCCCGUAAUAGGUAUAUCUGUCUUUUACGGGACGGUGCGGUGGCGCAGUGGUUAGCACGGUUGCCUCACAGCAAGAAGGUCCUGGGUUCGAGCCCCGGGGUAGUCCAACCUUGGGGGUCGUCCCGGGUCGUCCUCUGUGUGGAGUUUGCAUGUUCUCCCCGUGUCUGUGUGGGUUUCCUCCGGGGGCUCCGGUUUCCUCCCACAGUCCAAAGACAUGUAGGUCAGGUGACUCGACCAUACUAAAUUGUCCCUAGGUACGAAUGUGUCGGCCCUGUGUGAUGGCCUGGCGGCCUGUCCAGGGUGUCUCCCCGCCUGCCGCCCAAUGACUGCUGGGAUAGGCUCCAGUAUCCCUAUGACCCUCGGAGCAGGAUAAAUGGUUCGGAUAAUGGAUGGAUGGAUGUCUUCUACGGUGGAAGAAGACGCAUAUCCGUCUUCUUCUCUGGUGGAAGAAGACGUGCAUGUUAUGGAAAACAAGUUCAGAAUUCAAUUUUUAGGAUUUUGCAUGCGCUUGUGAAAACCUUGGUUAAGAAAAGUUUACAUUAGCCUAACGAGUAAAAAGUACUAAUGAUCUGUUUGGAGGUGAAACGUUCAUGAAAAGGUGGGCAGCGGUCCCUAGAUAACCGGAUUACAUUUUGGAGGUUUGCUUUCACUGCAUGUUUAGCUUUCUGUUGGUUACAUCUCUGCAUGGCUGUGGGUACUCAUGCAUUGUUUUGAUGGUCAUUAAUGUAAGUAAAGUUCAGGGGCAGGGGUCUUUGUGCCUGACACUACUUGCUGUUAAAUCAUGUCAAACCGACUCAUAUUUAUAUAUUAAAGUUUAUUUUCUUUAUACCUGCCAAAUCUUUUGUUCUACCUAUGAAUUGUAUGUAUUUUGGUCUGAGUCGAGCGGGCCUGCACAGAGUGUAAUGUGUGUGGUGAUGGUGGGUUGUCGAGUUUCAACGGAGACACAAGCUCUUGGUUCCAGUUUAUUUCAAAUCAAUGACAUUCUAGAAAAAGCAGGGACUCUAUAACUUUUCACAAUUCCAUAUAUUUUGCCCCUCUUUAAAAUGUGUCGCCUUUAAAUGUGCGGCUCAUUUGGUUAGACAAAGUCAAGAAUCGCCUCUGGCACGACAAUCCAGUUCUCACCCUUGCAAAGCACCCGAUUAGAAAACCUGAUGGUUUAUUAGUUAUAUCACAAAUAUAAAGUUUAAAGUGUAUAAGAAAUGGAAUACUUUGUAAACACGGUUAAUCCCAUCUUCCAGUACAUGUGCAUGAUUGGGAAAUUUCUAGAGGAAAAACAUUCCUGAAUUGCAAUUCCUCCACAUCAGACGGUUGCAACACUCAUUUUAAAGCCCUUUCGUUUCGUACCGAGUGUUCUUCUUGCAUGCACAAACAGUGCCGUCUGACGAUGCUGCAGGACAUGACCUUGCUGGAAGACUUGGAAUGGAAUGCUCGCUGACAGGAAGAGAAGACCUUCCACAUUCCAAACAAGGAACGCCAAAUGUGAAACGGUGAAUUCGGUCACAGGCGCCAACUUCGUACACUCAAAUUGUUGUGGAGAGACGUUGUCAUCUUCCUUGUAAACUAAAAACUUGCAUACUAGAAAUCAAAUUUACUGUUGAGGCUAGCUAAAAUGAUGGGUUAUAGCAUUGCCCUGACAUUUAAAGCAAUGUUAUUCUUGUCUUUGCUGAUGUGCCGUCUAUUAAGACUUGAGAAAAACUGAAAUUCUCUAUUUCGCGUAACAGAGGUAGAGAUGGCACACCAUCAGUUAAGUCUUAUCAGGCAGCGCCAGUUUCAAUUGACCCUAUUUUUUUUAAACGCCAUUGAUUAACUCUUGUACUUAAGUCCUCAGGAAUCUAAAUAUGGCUAAAAACCGACUAAUAAUACGAAAUAACCUAUUAACCUGCUUUACCGUUGUCAUCUGUGAACCCAGGAUUUCAGAGCCUCAACCUGUCGAGACACGAGGCAGAGCGUGUUUUGUUCGAUGGCUUUGGGAGGAUCCAUAGUGCAAUACAUUCCACAUAGGCAUGGCUGGCAAACCACGUACUGUACAUAAUAAUGAGGGUGGGUGGGGUGGGGUGGGAUAACCCCCAUACGCUUAUUUCAGAUGCUUUCUUGGCCACGUCGUCCAAUCAAGAAGCACUUUCGGCUUCCGCUAGAAGUUGAAAACUUUGGGAGUAGACAUCAGUUUAUACAACGAGGCGCGCUCUUGAAGAAAAAUAAAUUCAAUGCAUUGGAAUGGUUUAACAGCUGUUCCAUUACAAACACUAGGCACAGAAACAGUUCAGGGUAAGAAAAUAAGAAGGCAAAAAAAAAAAUUAAAUAAAAUGGUAUUUACAGAGACAGUUUGCACUGGAAUUGUUUACACGGCUUUCCCAGUGUUUUAGUGUUGGUGUAUGCUUGUUCAUAAAAAGUCGAAAUUAAAAGUGGUCCAUGAAAAAAAAAAAAA